AUGCAUCCUAGAAGCUUGUUCAUCAUAUUAUCGGCCUUGACUCUCACCUCCGCCUCCCCUUUACGGCGUAGAUGCGGUAGUAGGGUUAGCAACAGCACUACCCCCACCCCUACCGACCCUUCUCCUGCGCUUCCAGUGGCAGCUGUCCCUACUUUGCCCACCACCGGUUCUGGUACCCAGCUCGCCGGUCCCGACGCCGCUACACUAAAGCACAUCCUCGUUGGUCACGGGAUUCAGAACUACACAUGCAGCGCAGAAGGGGCCACAGCCGCAUCUUUUGGUGCUCUAGCAGUAGUAUGGGAGAUCACAGACCUGUAUCCUGGAGCCUCUCCGUCUUCUCUCUCAGUAGACGAUUUCGAUGCCUUUGCUUCUACGGUACUACGCAAGACAGAUAUGCCAGUUAACCUGGCGGCAGAAGGUGGCUCUCCAUUUCCGGCACCUGCGGACCUAACAGUAGAGGGUAUACCCAGUCCUCUAAAGUUCCUAGGACAUCACUUCUUCGAUGAGGCGAACACCCCCACGUUCGACCUAUCGGGUGCGGACGAUGGUGAACUGUUCAAGGGGAAAAAGGACGCGGGUAUACCAGCACCAAGCGACGCUGAUAAGGGGGCCGACCCGGCUACCGGCGCCGUAGACUGGCUACGUCUAAGCGAUAAGGGCACAAGCACCGGCGUAAGUCUUGUGUAUCGUGUACUCACUGCCGGUGGAAACCCCGAGCUAUGUGGCAGUCCCGGCCAGACGCAGAGCAUACCGUACGCUGCACAAUACUGGAUCUACGAAAAUUGA